AUGUCUGACCAAGGUGAUCAAGGAAUCGACCCCAUUAACACAACUCAACCUGAUAUAACUGUAUCUGAUACUUUUGAAAUUUCAAAGAGGCCGCGUCGAACAAGGAAGGCAACAAAGUUUUACACUCCUACUCAGUCUAUUACUAGAAGGCGAAAAAAAAGGGUAAAGCCAAAGAAAACCACAAGAAACGAAGAGCCUACAACAACUGGUGAUAAGAGAAAAUCUUCUAACGUAUCCGUCAAGCAACCAAAAAAAAUGAAGGUUUCAGAGUUCACGGAUUCUAUGCGCGAUCUGAACCUAAAAGUUGACGGUAAUGAAAUUGAACAUCGACAGAUGAAAUUAUCAACGGUCAUGAAAGCCGAUUUAAUUACGGUACGUCCGGUGCAUGGUAAGAAGCACGUUCAACAAGGACGUUGUUUCUCAGUAAGAUACAAAAGUUUUGAAAGAUGUACUGCAUGUUUAGCCAAACAAACUGAUUUAUGCAGAUUCAACGGUAUACGAGUGUUCGAGCUGGAAGAAGAUAAUAUGUUAAUAUACGGCCCCGACUUUAUUUCGAUGACAGACCCCGACCCGUCCUCAACUUAUGAGAUUGAAGUAAACGAUGACGAAGUUAAGAACGUUCGCAUUCUUGGCAAUAUUCAACAUGUAACUUUUUUUCAUAUAGAUUUGAUCGCACCAACAUUCAUUAAAUACCUUCAAAAAGAAAUUCCACAUUUUAAGGUUGCAAAAUACCGCAAAGUACCACAUCGCAAAAUCUGUCAAUUAUGCGACGGUUGUCAAACAACAAUAUUUAGCGGAUAUUGGAUGUGCUGUGUUUGUGGAAGGGAAUAUUGCCUUUCCUGUCAUGAGGAAUGGAGCGAUGUCAAUGAAUUUUCUAAUGAAAUCGGAAAAUGUUCUCAUAAGAGGCCGCAUUAUAAAGAACAGCUGGUACCAAUGUAUCAUUAUACAAAAGAAGAAAUUCUUCGUCUCAUUGAUCAAUGUAAUCAGAUGAUUCUCGACGAUGAGGAUAGUAUAGAUUUAGAUGACGGUGAAUUGUCCGACGAUGUAUCUGUCGUUGAAAGCUCAAAAGCCGCUUCUCAACGCCGCCAGAAGACUUCGCGAAGAUUCCGAACAGUCCAUGCACAGGUUUCUGCCGCAGAUAACAAUAUUUCCGCCCAAGAAAAUUAUGAGCAAAAAAAGACUGGAUAUGAUAAUAAUAUUUCCACGCGAAUACAUAAUGAGCAUAAAAAGACUGAAUAUGAAGCUAAUGAAAUGACCGAAGAAAUUUUUAGAGACCUCUGGAGGAAAGGAUACCCUUUCGUGAUCAAAGGCGUAGAUAGAUUAAACGAGGAUAUUUGGAAACCAGAAUACUUUAUUGAGCAUUACGGGGAAACUGUUUGUAGAGUAAUUGAUGUCAAAGAGAAUGUCGAAUAUAAAAUGAAUGUCAACACAUUCUUUAAAGGUUUUGAGGAUUUUAACGAGCGAUUUAUAAAUGAUCAUGGAAAACAUCCCUGCUUAAAAUUAAAGGACUGGCCACCAAAAGAUGACUUCGCAGUGACGUUUCCAGAACACUAUAAGGACUUCUCUAAUAGUUUGCCAUUUAAAGAAUAUACGACUCGUGGCGGUGUCUUGAAUUUAGCUCACAGAUUACCAUUAGAGAUCAAUCGUCCUGAUCUUGGUCCAAAGAUGUACAACGCUUAUGGUUCCGAAGAAGAUAUAGGUGGUAAAGGUACUACAAACCUUCACCUUGAUAUAACAGAUGCAGUUAAUUUGAUGUCAUAUGCUCCUAUAGUUGAAAAACGCCUAGAAAAUGAGCGGGAUAAACCAGCAGCAGCUGUAUGGGAUUUGUACCAUUCAGCCGAACUUCCAAGAUUAAGAAGAUUCUUAAGAAAAAUUGCUAAUGAACGAGGAUUGUAUAUUUGUCAUCCUAUACAUGACCAAUUUUUUUAUUUGGACAAAGAAUUGAGAGAACGAUUGACCGCGGAAGAAGGAGUUACAGGAUGGAGAGUGUACCAAAACCCUGGCGAUGCCGUUUUUAUUCCCGCAGGAUGUGCACAUCAAGUUUGCAAUUACACAAGCUGUGUCAAAGCCGCGGUUGACUUUGUUUCUCCAGAAGGUGUUGCACGAAGUUGUAUUGUAAGCCAGCAAUUUAGAAAGUUACGUAGUGGGCAUAAGAGGAGGAUGGAUAUCCUUCAGCUUCCAAAUAUUCUUUAUCACGCCUGGAGCACUUCCUGGGACGAAAGCAACGACUAA